AUGUCGACCGAUCCUAAGAUCCAGGACCUGCUCAACAAGCCCAAGAGCGAGCUCACUGAAUACGAGGUCUCCCUCGUAGAAGAACAUGAGCUCACAGCGGGGCCGCUGUCACUGCUACAGACAGCGACGCGCACACACACACAGGUGCUGAUCUCAUGCCGGAACAACCGCAAGCUGCUCGCGCGCGUCAAGGCCUUCGACCGACACUGCAACAUGGUGCUGGAGAACGUCAAGGAGAUGUGGACGGAGAAGCCCAAGGGCGGCAAGGGCAAGGGCGUCAACAAGGACCGAUUCAUCAGCAAGAUGUUCCUCCGAGGCGACUCCGUCAUCCUCGUCCUACUCAGCUGA